CUACAAACAAGAAAAAGAGAUCAGGAACCCUAAAAACAAACCCAAGGAAAAGGGGAAGAAGGAAACGAAUCACAGAGAGAGAGAGUGCGCCAAUGAUGCAGCCUCUCUUCCUUCAAUCUCUCUCUCAACAUUUCCAGGACGAUUAAUGUUACAAAUUACAUUAAUCCAUCUUUAAUUCGGAUUUCUCAUUUCCUUUCCAUUGCUCUUCCCCAUUCCGUUCUGGUUUAAUGCGUGCAGCUUAAGGAAACGAACAUCCUUUCUUCCCCCUGAAAUCGAUUUCAAUGGACAGUCGGCUGCGGGCAUUUUCGUCGCCGGAAUUGGUGAAUGCUGCCGCCGUAGCUAUUAACCAGAACCCUCCUUCGACGAUCAGCCAACCCCAACAACCCUCUCAGGAUUAUAGCUUAGAAGGGAUCGCGGCAAACGUGAAGCUGCUUCUGAAAGUUAUUCGGGAUCACAAUGAGGCGAGCGCCAGAGAGUUCGACGACCGGAAAACCCAGAGGGUCGCCGGGAUGAUCACCAUCCUCGACGACAUUAAAGCCCGGCUGGAGAGAUCCCAGUCCAAUUCGAAGAAAAGGGUUGCCCAGCUGCGGCGGUGCAACACGGAUCUCAGGCCGAAUCGCGGAGGAGGAGGGGCCGCCGGCACCGCCGAGAAGAAGGCGCCGGAGACGGCAGCCAUGACCGACGACAAGGAGAAGCUGAAGAAACAGCUGAGCUCGUGCAAGGCGGCGAGGAAGAGCCUGGAGAUGCUGUGCUCGAGCUUGGGGAAAGAGAAGGAGAUCAUGGUUUCCCAACUGGCCAGGAGGGUGAGCGAGCUCAGCGAGAUGGAGGAGCUCGUCAACCUUCUCAAAGCUCAGAACGAAACCUUGACGUCCAAGCUCCAGGCCUCCGGCGGAUUGACAGGGGAAUGUCAGGCAGGGAACAACGACAGCAGCAACGCCGUGCUGCUGGAUCGGAACGAGCAGCUCUCCGACCAACUGCUGAAGUCGCUGGACAGCUACAGGGCUCUGAAGAGGAAGUACAAGGGAGCCAAGGAGGAGUGCUCGGCGCUGCGAGCAGCGGUGGAGGAGGAAACGGCGGCGGGUCUGGCGAGGAUUCGGAGGUUGAAACAGAAGCUGGAUAACAGGGAGGAUGAACCGGUGGAUAUUGAAGGGGAGAUUCGUGCCCUGGAGAAGAUGUUUGUGCAGUUCAAGGUGAAGAUCUUGAAAGAGGAGGAGAAGAGAGGCCAGCAUGGGAGUAAACCAGCUCCUUCUUCUUCUUCUUCCCACCACCAUGGUCGCCCAUGA